UGUCGCAAUUAGAUGACGUCAUACGCGACGGAGACGGUCCACAUGUGGAAACGACAAGGGGUUGGCCAAAAAUCAACAUAACAACUGUUCGUGUCACAUUGUUUUACAGCUAUGGAUGCAUUACCAGCAGACGUCAAGGCUUUCCUCCUCAACCACCCUUUUCUUGAGCUCACCGACAGCCAAAAGAUUAAGUGCACACUGAACGGCCAUGAGUUUCCAUGUAACCUGGCAGAGCUGCAGAAUUUCAUCAAAGGGAAGAAAUAUCAGAAACUGAGCUCCCAAGCAGAGUUUAACUACAGCCAGUAUGAACCACACGUUGUGCCAAGUUCUAAACAACCCAAUCAGCUCUUCUGCAAGCUGACCCUCAGACACCUCAACCGACUGCCGCAUCAUGUUUUAAAACACGUCAAUGGGAAACGCUACAAGAAGGCCCUCGCCAAAUAUGAGGAAUGUGUGAAGCAGGGGAUCGAAUUCAUUCCCAUCAGACUCCAGCAGAAAAGGCCAAAGUUUACAGAUGAUGACGUCUGCCGGGGGCGCACCUCCAAACACGGCAUGUGGGAGCCGUCCUCCAGCGGCGAAGACGCGAGCGAUUCGGAAGACAGCAUGAGUGACCUCUAUCCCUCUUCUAUGUUCACGUUGAAGAACUCAGCAGAGGAAAACAUGGAAGCCAAUGAAGAUGACUUCCAAACAGAUGAGGACGAAGAGAUGGAGGUGGACACACAGGCUGUGCAGAAACGUAAAAAGGUCCAGGGUGGUGGCUUCCAGAAGAAAUUCAAAAAUAACAACUGGAAAGGCCGGAAUAAGAAAUCAGCAAAAGUUCAGAAUGGAAAGUAAAAGAUUCCUAAUAUAUUGAAUAACAUAAGAGACGAUCUCUCCACAGUUGUCAUGUUGCACAUUUUUUCAAGAGGGCGUGCACUAAAUACAGAACGUUUGCAAAAAUGUGUAACAUUAUUCAACCAUUUAUUGCCUCGUGUGCUGAAAUUGGUGCAAUACAAAAUGCGCACCAUCCAUCUUCUAUGCCGCUUAUCCUCACUAGGGUCGCGGGGGUAUGCUGGAGCCUGUCCCAGCUGACUUCAAACGACAGGCGGGGUACACCCUGGACUGGUCGCCAGUCAAUCGUAGGGCACAUAGACAACCAUUCACAUUCAUACCUAUGGACAAUUUAGAGUCUCCAAUUAACCUAACCCAGGGGUCACCAACGUUUUUCCUUGUGAGAGCUACUUUUACAAAAUGAAAAUGGCCCAGAGCUACCGUACUCAUUUUUGUAACAUUUAUAUUCAGAGUUUAUUUUAAACCCAAACAAAGCGAAUAUGCUUGUUUUACCAGAACAUGAACAAAAUGCUGGUGUCCACAACUCACAUUUUGUAUUUCAGAAUGCAUUUCUUUCUACUGUUCUUUCAUUAUUAACUGAAAACCUGAAUGAAAAGCAGGCUUGCGGGCACCUCAUGUGGUCGUGGGGGGCUACCUGGUGCCCGCGGGCACCACUUUGGUGACCCCUGACCUAACCUAACGAGUAGACCACCGUGUGGCCCGAUAUAAAGGUCCUUUAUACCGACCGCUGUAAGGCUCUACAACACCUGCACCACCUGAACCAUGUUGUAGUGCUUUACUUUACUGUUCUCUUUACUUGUCUUGCUUGCUUGCUGCUGUAACAAGUAAAUUUCCCCGCUGUGGGAUCAAUAAAGUACAUACAAUACAAUAAAACAAUAUUAAAGUUAAUAUAAUAUUAGUAUUUAAUUGAUAUGUCAGUUUUUUUUUUUUUUUUUUUUUUUUUUUUUUAAAGACCACUGAUUAAGUUAAAACCUAUUUGUAAAUUGCUGCUUUGUGGAAGAAUCGCCACUGGGCCCAUCACACGCCUGUGGAAAAACGGCACGUUUGAGUUGUGAAAUCCUGACACCAUCCUCAGUUCAAACACUGUCGGUCUAUAUAUCCUGAACAUCAACUUCCUGAACAAGCAGUGAGCCCUUUAGCCCUCUUCAUUACAGCACUGGAAGCUCUUGCUAUCACUUAGCAGGCUAGACUCUGCAAUGUCUGAUUAGAAGACGGUGCUUAUAGUACUUGGCCAAAGUAGCUGUCAUAUUCACAUCACAAUUGUACCACUUGAAUGUAUUGUGGCCACUUUUGGCUGAUUUAAAACUAAUAAUAUAAUCAGUAUAUAUAAUAAUAAUAAUAAUGUGGCUUUCAUUCUGGUCAGUCUGGUGGUGGUUGGAGUCUAUUCUCGUCUAAUCACAACUACUAAAAUGUGUUGGCCUUUGUGUGACCUUGACGGUCCAGAUGGCUUCCAACGUUACUGGCAUGGAAAGGAGAUCCCACUUGAGAUGUUUUCUACCCGGCACAGGGGGGCUUUUUCAUUCAUUGGAACACUGGAGCUUCAGGUCGUGCAGGGUCGUCAAACGGCAGCUGCUUACGUGCAGAUGUUGCAGCGGGCAUCCCUGAUGACUCAGGGCCCUCGUCUGUGUGGUAACAGCUGGGUUUUUCAACAGGACAACGCUGCAGUUCACAAUGCUCGCUUGACCAAGGACUUCUUCAGGGAGAAUAAUGUCACUCUUUUGGACCAUCCUGCAUGUUCCCCUCAUUUAAAUCCCAUAGAGAACAUUUAGGGAUGGCUGGCAAGGGAAGUUUAUAAAAACAGCCAUCAGUUCCAGACAAAUGAUGCCCUUCGUGAAGCCAUCUUCACUGCUUGGAGCAAUGUUCCCACUAGCCUCCUGGAAACACAUCAAGCAUGCCCAAACCAAUUUUUGAAGUGAUUAACAAGAACGGUGGAGCUACUCAUUACCGAGGCCUACUCGUACUACAUUUUGUGUUCUGGUUUGGAGAGUUUUUUGUUAUUUUUUGAGCGAUGGUCUUAAACUUUUGAUCAGCUGAUAAACCGCCUAGUUGUAGUUGAAUUGUUGUUUUGAAUAAAUUACUUUUUCAAAGUG